UGUGACAGGCGCCAAAAACGCGCGAAUUGAAUAACGCAUGCGUAGCCGUUCUUUUAAUGUCUGAGGGUAAAAUGGCGGCAGAGCAGGAGCAAUUUCAACAACUAAUUACCAGCCUCCUAAGUACUGAUAAUGCUGUUAGGUCUACAGCAGAGGAGACAUACAAUAAUUUGCCAUUCGAAUCGAAAGUUCCAUGUCUACUAAGCACAGUUAGGAAUGCAGCAGUGAAUGAAGAUGAGCGUCAAAUGGCAGCCGUCCUCCUACGAAGACUCUUGUCAGCAGACUUCAUGACAUUUUACCCUAAGCUGCCACCUGCUGCUCAACAAGAGUUAAAGGAUCAAGUUCUUCAGGCGGUCCAGCAGGAGCAAGUGGAUACAAUAAGACGGAAGGUCUGUGACGUGGCAGCAGAAGUUGCUCGAAAUCUUAUAGAUGAUGAUGGGAACAACCAGUGGCCAGAAUUCUUACAGUUCUUAUUUACGUGUGCAAGUACACCAAUUCCGCACCUCAAAGAAAGUGCUCUUCGAAUGUUCAGUUCUGUCCCUGGGGUAUUUGGAAACCAACAAGCAAACUAUUUAGAACUCAUCAAACAAAUGCUACAGAGGUCAUUGAUGGACACUGCUAACUAUGAGGUUCGUUUCCAGGCAGUCAGAGCAGUUUCGGCCUUCAUCAUACUUCAUGAAAAAGAAAUUGCAAUUCAGAAAAACUUCUCAGAUUUAUUGCCAGCUAUGAUACAGGUCACAGUUGAAAGUAUACAGAAACAGGAAGAUGAUUCAUUGUUAAAAUGUUUCAUUGAUAUGAGUGAAUCUUCCCCAAAAUUUUUACGACCCCAACUGGACAGCCUGUUAUGUGUUUGCAUGAAGGUCAUUUCUGAUGGAAAUAUGCCUGAUUCAUGGCGUCACUUGGCAUUGGAAACUGUAGUAACAUUAGCAGAAACUGCUCCAGCCAUGUUACGUAAAAUUGGUGGCAAGUAUCUCACACAACUGAUACCAGAAAUACUGAAAAUGAUGACUGACCUAGAAGAGGAGGAAGAUUGGAGUGUUACGGAUGAGGUCGUGGAUGAAGAUAAUGACAGUAAUAACGUGGUAGCUGAAUCAGCACUGGAUCGUUUGGCAUGUGGUUUGGGUGGUAAUGCUCUAAUGCCACACAUUGAAUCCACAAUUCCAACCAUGCUUUCAAGUACUGAUUGGAGACACAGGCAUGCUGCUCUUAUGGCUCUUUCAGCAGUGGGUGAAGGUUGCCAUAAACAGAUGGAGAAUCUUCUACCACAAAUAAUGGAAGGUGUGCUCAACUUUCUUCGGGAUCCUCACCCAAGAGUACGUUAUGCUGCAUGUAAUGCAAUUGGGCAAAUGUCAACUGAUUUUGCUCCAACUUUUGAGAAGAAAUUCCAUGACAAAGUUGUACCAGGUCUUCUGAUGGUUCUGGAAGACAAUGAAAACCCACGCGUGCAAGCACAUGCAGGUGCUGCGCUUGUCAAUUUUAGUGAAGACUGUCCCAAAAAUAUUUUAACACAAUAUCUUGAUGCAAUAAUGGAAAAACUGGAAGCUGUACUUAGUGCAAAAUUCAAGGAGCUUGUGGAGAAAGGGACCAAAUUGGUUCUUGAGCAAAUAGUGACAACUAUAGCAUCAGUUGCAGAUACGUCAGAGGAACAGUUUGUUGCUUAUUAUGAUCGUCUAAUGCCGUGCCUGAAGUAUAUAAUACAGAAUGCUAAUUCUGAGGAGCUGAAGACACUCAGAGGCAAAGCCAUUGAAUGUGUAAGCUUAAUUGGGUUAGCUGUUGGACCUGAAAAGUUUAUGCGAGACGCCAGUGAAGUAAUGGACCUACUUCUAAAAACUCAGACAACUGGUGAAUUGGCAGAUGAUGAUCCACAGACAUCGUACCUGAUAUCUGCUUGGGCAAGAAUAUGCAAAAUAUUAGGAAAACAGUUUGAGCAGUACUUGCCACUUGUAAUGGGUCCUGUUAUGAAGACUGCUGGCAUGAAACCAGAGGUAGCGUUGUUGGAUAAUGAAGAUAUGCAGGGCAUUGAGAGUGAUAUUGAUUGGCAGUUUGUUUACCUUGGUGAACAGCAGAACUUUGGUAUCCGUACAUCUGGUCUGGAAGAUAAGGCCACUGCUUGUGAAAUGUUAGUGUGCUAUGCCCGUGAACUAAAAGAAGGUUUUGCGGACUAUGCGGAGGAAGUAGUGAGGCUCAUGGUACCAAUGCUGAAAUUUUAUUUUCAUGAUGGAGUGAGAACAGCUGCUGCUGAAAGCCUCCCAUAUCUUCUAGAGUGUGCCAAGAUAAAAGGCCCAGAGUACUUGAGAGAUAUGUGGUCAUUCAUCUACCCUGAACUGCUAAGAGCAAUUGAUACUGAACCCGAAAACGAGGUACUGGCAGAACACAUGCAUUCAAUGGCAAAGUGCAUAGAAACUCUUGGUAGUUUCUACUUGACAGCAGAAACUGUGGGUGAACUAAUCCGUAUUGUUGACAAAAUUAUGAAGGAUCACUUCGAAAAUGCAGCAGCACGACAAGAAAAGAGGAAAGAUGAAGAUUAUGAUGAGGUGGUAGAAGAGCAGCUUGUUGAUGAAAAUAAUGAAGAUGUUUAUAUAUUGAGCAAAGUUGCCGAUAUUGUACAUUCCCUUUUUUUGACUUACAAAGCAGACUUCUUCCCAUUCUUUGAUCAAGUUGUUGGACACUUCGUAAAAUGCUUGGCUCCAGAGAUGCCUUGGUCGGACCGUCAGUGGGCACUGUGUGUAUUUGAUGAUGCAAUUGAAUUUGGUGGCCCAGCUUGCAGCAAGUACCAGCAAUUUUUCUUGCAGCCAAUGCUGAACUAUAUCACAGACAAAACAGCAGAAGUUCGACAAGCAGCUGUUUAUGGCUGGGGAGUUCUUGGACAGUUUGGAGGAGAUGGCUUUGCAGGUGCUUGUGCUGAAGCAAUUCCAAGGCUUAUUGAACUGAUCACUGCUGCUGACUCGAGAGCUGUCGAGAAUAUUAAUCCAACUGAGAAUGCUAUCUCUGCCGUGACAAAAAUUUUGAAGUACAACAGCUCGCAAGUAAAUGUUCAAGAACUUCUCCCACACUGGUUGUCAUGGCUACCUGUAUGGGAAGAUGAUGAUGAAUCACCGCAUGUGUAUGGUUAUUUAUGUGACCUGAUAGAAGCAAAUCAUCCACUUGUUCUUGGUCCAAAUAAUAGUAAUUUACCAAAACUGAUAGCUAUUAUUGCUGAGGCAUUUGCGAAAGAUGCCAUUAAUACGGAACAUGAUGUGGCAAAACGAAUGGUUGCAAUAAUUAGACACAUUCAGGGCACAGGUGAAAUGUUUCAGGUUUGUGUUGGUCAAUUGACUGCAGAGCAGCAGCAAGCACUACACCAGGUGCUCAGUGGAGCCUAGUGACAGCCUCCAGGUGCCACUACUGUUGCACAUGAACACAUUUAUUUUCCAUAAAACUUCUGAAUCUUGAAAUGAAUUACACAGGAAAAUUUAAAUUAGUUUGCUUCUCGCAUUUUAAAAUUCAUGUUUUGUUGCACUCUGUGAUAAUUGAAAAUAUCUGUUUUCCAAACAAUGUGUUAAAAUUAUUGUAUUUAAUUUUUUUUUCUGGAAAGUGUGUCGGCAACAUUUAGUAUUUCGUGCUGAAGCUCUUGUGCAUCUGCUUGAGUUUUCCAUUCCCUGAUGUCUUUCAACCUGCCUUAUGCUGCCUUUUUUCUUUGGAGCUCAGAUUUUAUUUUAAGAGAAUUUCGUAGCAUGAGUUUGCUUAUUUCACCUCUUGUAAUGUGUAUUGGUGUUGCUAUUCAAAGUUGACGUAUUUUGUUGCAAAGCAACCAACAGAUACAAUACUGGUGACCAUAUUUUAUAUAAAAUAAUUUUACAAUAUAAUUAAUAAAUAGUCCCUACAUUUCACACAUCAUUUGAAGUCAUAUUAAAAAUUUAAUGUAAAUAGUAAAUGCUCAUUCAUUCUGGAGGAUGUUGACAAAAUUGGCUUUCGAAGAAUUGUAAUGUGACUUCUUAAUGAUUUGUGGGGUAAUUAUUAGGGAAUUCUGUAAAUAUUAAUUGUAAUCUGAUGACAGAUUUGCUAUAGAAUGUGUAAAAGAAUAAUGUAUUAUUACAUACGUUGAAAUUCAUAUACAUAAACAAAUACAUGAAUAAUGUUACAAUCUGUGAUAGUCACGUGACUAAAAUCGCUUAAGUUAGUGGCAUGGCUUGAGGUUUGUUCCCAUGCCCCCACAUAUUUUGCUUGGAGUCCAUUUAAGGGAGUGAUUUGAAUUUAUAAAAGUCUGAACUGUAUACUUAUGCUAUAUCAUUUCUUUGGGCUUUUCUACACUGACACUUUCAACCUGUGUAGCUUGUGUAAAAUUGUGAAAACAAAUUUGUUGUUCAACUGUUAAGCUGUUUAAAAUUUGUUUUAAAAUUUUGGCCCAAAGGAAACAUUACAUUGCUACUAAAGCUUACAAAAUAUAAUUCACAUGCAUCAUUGUGGAUGAUUUAUUAUUCCAAUAUUUGGAAACUGUAUUGCCAAUGUUAUAUAGCUUUGGCACAAGACUGCUUUAUUAUUGCAUCACUGUAGGACAUUGUGGAUAUUUAUUUUAAGACUUUAAUAAAUUAAUCUGCGCUAUGUUUUGCCUCUUGUAUGGAAAAGUGACAGUGCUGAAAAAGAGAUAAGUAAUCACACCCCCAUUUCUAAUUCAAUUAUGAAAGUCUACUUGGAGUAAUAGAAGUUUUUAUGACAGCAUGACGUGGACAACUUCGAAAAACCUAAAUUUAAGAAACCAAAAAUUUAAUAUGCCCAAGUGCUGCAUGUAUUAAGAAAAGUGUGGUAGAUAAUAUAAAAUUGUCCUUUGAUAAUAGACAUUAGCUGGAUCAUAUCUGUGUAUGGUUUAUACAUGAUCGUCCAAGAAUUGCAUUGGUCCAGAAGAAAUGAUACUGCUCUUGUUUAUGAAAAGCAGAAUUUGUGAUAAUACCAUGUCGUCCUUUUAAAGCAUGGAAAAUAAAAACAGAAUUGACCUUUAUUUGUUGCUUUUCCACUCAAGCUGCAAAUGGUCCAAACACUAAGAGGCCUAUAACUAUGUUACUAAUGACUGCAGUUGUUAAAUUCUCCAUGAUUAUAUUUGGCCAAUGACAGAUGUAGUCCCCCCCGAUCUCUCUCUCUCUCUCUCUCUCUCUCUCUCUCUCUCUCUCUCUUGUUCUGUCUCAUAUAUUUGGUUAUUGAAAGUAACACCAUAUUAUGGAAUCAAAAAUUUUGGUUACUUCUGUUACUGCAAACCUUCAACAAAUGCAUGUGUCAGAACAGUUAAGCAAUGUAAAAACUUUUUAUGAGAGUUACUGAACAAAUAAUAUAUCCACUGUUUACUGAUCUACUUCAUAAUAAAGUUUAAUUUUUGAUUA